AUCCUGAGUCAUAGCUUUCCAUUCUAGGAUGGCACACUAUUUGAUGGAAGACCCAUCGAGUCCCUGUCUUUAAUUGAUGCUGUAAUGCCUGACGUGGUGCAAACAAGGCAGCAAGCUUAUAGAGACAAGCUGCAGCAACAACAAGCAGCAGCAGCUGCUGCCGCUGCCGCAGUUAGUCAACCAGGUGCUGCAAAGAAUGGAGAGAAUACUGCAAAUGGAGAGGAGAAUGGAGGACACACAGUAACUAAUAACCAUACAGAUAUGAUGGAAGUUGACGUAGAUGUGGAUAUACCAUCUAAUAAAGCUAUGGUGUUGCGUGGUCAUGAAUCAGAGGUUUUCAUAUGUGCCUGGAAUCCAGUCAGUGAUCUCUUGGCAUCUGGGUCAGGAGACUCAACAGCACGGAUAUGGAAUCUUAGUGAAAAUAGUAGUGGUGGCCCCACUCAGCUAGUACUUAGGCACUGCAUAAGGGAAGGAGGACAAGAUGUACCAAGCAACAAAGAUGUCACAUCUUUAGACUGGAAUAGUGAAGGCACACUUCUAGCAACAGGUUCGUAUGAUGGAUUUGCAAGAAUAUGGACAAAAGAUGGUAACCUUGCUAGUACCUUGGGUCAACACAAAGGACCUAUAUUUGCAUUAAAAUGGAACAAGAAAGGAAAUUUUAUCCUUAGUGCAGGAGUGGACAAGACAACAAUUAUUUGGGACGCACAUACUGGAGAGGCCAAGCAGCAGUUCCCUUUCCACUCCGCUCCAGCACUAGAUGUUGACUGGCAAAACAAUAACACAUUUGCCUCCUGCAGCACAGACAUGUGCAUCCAUGUCUGUAAACUAGGUGCAGACAGGCCCAUCAAGACAUUCCAGGGACACACGGUAAUAAUUAUCCAGAACUGGACAGCUUUCAUUAUUGACCAUUGUUUUUCUUCAUGAAACUGUGUGUAAAUGAUGUGGUAAAGACCAA